AGUGCUUCCUUUCUUUCUAUGAAUACAUGUUUUGCCCUAUUUUUUGUAAAUCACGUAAAGUUUCCGAUCGAUCCUCAGAAGACAGUCUGCCAAUACAAAAUCCGCGAGGGCCGGCAUUCCUCUUGUCAUUGAAGCCACAGCAGCAGCAACAGCAGCAGAAGAAGCGUGCAUGAAGAAGCAGACAUUCACGUAUCAAACCACCACACCCCACGACUUCACAUGUCAAUACAUUGACACACCACUACGAAACGCAACCACCAAGCCAUUCUUCAUCUCACAGUUAACUUGCGCCCGUCUCCCAUUUCUCGGGAGAUUUCAAUUUUAUUCUUUUUAUUCUCGGAAGGCCACUCUUUCAACCACUACAACACACAUUGAAGCUCUUCUCAGUAUCAGCCAAACACAAUGAAGGCCAUCCGCACCCUGACCUCGCCCAAAUCCUCCCCACGCCUCCCCGCGACAGCGACGAUCCCCGCAUCCCACCGCUCGUUCCACAACACGCCGCAGGAAUCCUCCUCCUCGCAGCUCUCCACGCACCAACACCCCUCCCACCAGCGCCCAAAGCACGACACGGGCAAGAUGUCCUACAGCUCCAGCUCGAGCUCGUCGUCGAGAGCGUCCGACGGCAUCGUCUUCGACGAGGACGUCAUUGAAGAGCUGAGACCCAUCUUGGCCGAGCGCGCGAGGACAGGCGAGGGCAGGACGGGCAAGGGGCAGCAGAUGCGCGGCAUGGGCACCGGGCAGGGUGCCGAGUGGGUUUGGUGAUUGUCGCUUCAGCCUGUGUGUCCCCUUCCUGCCCCUUUGUCUCUGGGGCAGAACUCCUUUAUUCUUGUUUUCUCUUUUUCUUCAUCUUAUUGCUAUGGGUUUUCAAUGUGAGCGACGGGCUGGACUUCGUCAGGCGUUCCAAAACAAGGUGCGGAAAGGGGGCGUUCUAUUCAUGUCGCUUGCCGACGAGGCUGCCGGCUUUUUACGAUCAGGGAAAGGAAUCAAAAUGUCGCCGAUGCGAUUGGCUUUGGGGAGAGGAUGGCACACUGCCUAGGACAAGCGGCCGUGUGCGUACAUGUAUACCGGGUUCUGAGGAACCAGUGCAUCAAUACCAAAAAUUGAACUG